CGAUUUUGUACCUUCCUCACAAAUUUCAUCCAUUUUUAUAAAAAAUUAGAUAAAAAGAAAACAAAAAGAGAAAUUCUUUACGGUGUUGUCUGAUCUCAAAUUGCCACUUUACCUCUCUUCCUCUUCCUCAAGCUCCAGAACAGGGUGUAGCUUAGUGCCCUGUCUUGAGUUAUAUGGAUUUAUAGAGCAGUUGAGGUAGAGAUGGCAGCAGGUAAAAUUUCAUUUGUCAAAACACAGGGGAUGUGGGGAUUCACUGCUCUUCUCGUAUCUGCAGUUUGUGAGUGGUUUUUGAUAAUAUUGUUGCUUAUUGAUGCCCUGCUGUCGUAUCUACUGAAAAAGUUUGCAAGUUUCUGUGGAUUGCAAGCACCUUGUAUGUUGUGCUCUAGGCUUGAUGUUGCAUUAGGUGGUCAAAAACCCGAGUUAUAUCGGACACUACUCUGCAGCAAUCAUAUAUCAGAAGUUACCUCUCUGAUAUCAUGCCAUAUUCACAAUAAGGUGGCAGAUGGAGGUGGCAUGUGCGAUGACUGUCUCUUGUCAUUCACAAGGAAGACUAUAGCCAAUUCAAAAGCUCAUAGAUUGGGUCUGGUUCAUGGUGACUGUAGUUUCCAGUGCUCAUUGAAGGGAGAUUUGUUCUCUGGUUCUUCAGGUUCAAGGCCAUGUAACUGUUGCGGUAAGCUCUGGACGGCAGGACAAAGUGCCACUUCAGGGCCAUGUACCUGUUGUAGAUCAAUAACAUCUCACUGUGUAGGAAAAAACAAUUGUGAUUCUGAGUUAGAGUUUCCAUUUUCGGAUGACAAUAAUGAUGUUGCUGCUUUAAUUCAUGCAAACAAUGAAGCUGGGAGUGAUCCUAAGUGUCAAUGUGCAUCAAUAACAUCAUCAAAAUUUCCUCCAAGUGACUCAAAUCCAGUGGAACAGGACAAGAAUAAAGCGGUAGAUGUUUCUCAAGCAAGUGAUAAUGGACUUCAAUCAAUCAGAGACCAUGAGGGUGAUUUAAUGAAGAAUACUACAAGUGAGGAACAAUUCGAACAAACUGAUCUGGUUGUAAAAGACUCUUCUCAUACAAGUCUUAGGCACAAGAACUUGAGUGAAGUGGAUAAAUUUUCUACCUCCGUUGAGGAAAUAGAAGUACCUUGCUUUAUCAGAGAACAACUAACUGAAGAAGUUGAUAAAGUCAACGACAAGGAAGAAUUGAAGCUAUCAACAUCACAAAUAUCUUCUCCUCAAGAUUCCAGUGUCUCAUCGAUUAUUCCAUCAGGUGAUGCUUAUCCCCCUGAGAUGCAAACUGUUGCUGCUAACCGCAAUGUACUUCAAAAGUCAGUCUCAUUGGAUUCUGGUCUUGAAUCUAUGGAUGGAAGCAAUGUCAGUAAAAUUGAAGAGGCCUCUCUUAUUGAUCAAUUGAAGAGACAGAUUGCGUGUGACAAGCAAUGCAUGAAUUCCUUACACAAGGAACUGGAAGAAGAAAGAAAUGCUUCUGCCAUUGCAGCAAAUGAAGCAAUGGCUAUGAUUACAAAGUUACAAGAGGAAAAGGCAGCACUCCGAAUGGAGGCCCUUCAGUACUUAAGAAUGAUGGAAGAGCAAGCAGAACAUGAUGCAAUUGCAUUGGAGAGAGCCGAUGAUUUGCUGUCAGAAAAGGAAAAAGUGAUACAAGAUUUGGAAGCAGAGCUAGACUUUUAUAGGUUAAACUUGGUAGAAGAACCUAUGGUUGAGACUAUGCUUGAGGAAAAUAGUCAUUUGAAAGAGGCAAACAAGACAUUACAAAAUGUUGGCUUGCCUCACAUCACAAAUAACAUAAACUCUUCUUGCAAAACAAUGCAAACUCAGAAUUCAUAACCAGAAAAGAUUUGUCUGUCUUUACCUGCCAAUAUUUGUGGCCUUUGGGCAAAUGUGACCAAAAGAAUGACGUUUCAUUCGUUUGGUUCGGCUCCCAAUUUUGAAGAAUCAGUAGAGUUUCAAAAGCAGAUAUCUCCAAUGUGCAGGGAACGAGAUAGUAAAGUGCCCAAAAAAAUAAAUGAUAGCAAGCCUUAGCUUUAACCGCUUGUUCCUUCUUUGACCAGUCAGUUUUGAACUGCCCACUGUUGCUUUAACUGAUGAGAAUCUUGAGUUUUAGUCCCGUUGUAUUGAUAAGAUGGUGAGUUUGACAUUUUAAUGAGUUCAUGUAAUGGGAAAGCACUUGCUCUGUAAAUCCCAAGUCCAAACAUACUGGAUUCACUGCGCAUGAAGGUCAUAGGAGUAGAUUGUCCCCAGUUGUGCUAAGUACCCACAGGACAUUACAAAUUGUAACUGUGACUGAUACCAUCUGUUCAAGUCAACACACAAAGCAUUUAUCAAAGACGGAAUUGAGGCACAAUUCUGAAGUGGUAAAGUAGUUUUUAUUUUUUCGGAAUAUAGUUUUCUAUUGUGCAUUUCAAACGGUCCUGACAGAAUCAGGAUCUUGGGAAACAA